UGGAUGCUUCCGACAUUGGAGAUAAUGUACAAAAUACCAGAUCAAAGCAAUCGAUUAUAAGUGAGAGAAUUGGCUACAAGCCUCAACCAAGAACAUCUACUUAAUUAUUUCAGUUUCUCAAGUUAAAAUACAUCAAAAGAUGAGUGAGCUUUCUCUAUAUAACUUAUCAUUAUGGAAAACAGCUGUGAUGUUGAAGCAACAUUAUUGGAAUGAGUUUGACGACAGCAACAUUGGGAACAAUUCCUUCUCAUACCUCCCAACAUCAGUUGUUGAGGAUUUACUUUCCUGUGUGCUGCAGAUUACACCCAUUGAUUCGUUGAAAGUGAGUGACAUUUACCAUUUGGUCACAAGCGGUCGCAUCAAGAACUUCAAGCUUGAGGAUGUGGUCCUGACAUCAGAAGUCCUAGUUUCCAUCUUGAUGUCCCUCUCUGUGGCCUGUCAGAGUUUACGCUCUUUUAUUUUGAGAAAUGUUGUCUGUUCUAACAUAUAUACUACUUUAGAUAGUUCUAAAACGUAUAUCAGAACUGCUGCAGUGGAAUGUGUUUUGAAUUCUGCAUCAAAUUUAGAGCUUGUUGAAUCAUGCAUAGCAUUUGACUUGAAAGCGGUGAGGAAUUGUUCUAACUUGAAAAUUUUGAGGCUAAAUUUUAUCCCCAGCACGCCACUCUUUAAUUUGCUGGAUGAAGGAGAUGGGGAUUUCUGCUCCAAUGUUUCUCUGAAAGUCCUGGAUGUUUACGAAGAUGUGAGGCAUCCCGUAUCGAGUACUGACAUUGCAAUAUUGUUGAAUUAUUGUCGCGAAUUGACAGAAAUCAACUGUGAUAUAUCUCAGAGCUUGGAAUGUCUUCACACUGACGAGAUAUAUGACGGAACUUUAUCGAGAGUGUACAAGUUGAGGAAAUGUGUGUUGGGAAAUACAAUUAUGAACCCUCCAUUUGCCAGUGCAUCUUUACUUUCUGUCCAUAUUGCCACGCUGACGUGCCCUUCAAUGGAAGAGUUGGAUAUUUUAGUCAAUGAUAACAACACUGUUUAUGCAUUAAGUGACUUUUUAAAUCUUAAAUCUUUACUAAUUCAAUGGGAACCUGUUUCAGGGGGUGAAUUUAAGAUUGGGGUUGAACCGCUUUUGGAGAAAAUUGGCGAAAAUUUGAAAGUUCUUCACGUGUUGAACUUUUUUCAAGUGGAUUUUGCAGCUAUUGGGAAAUCAUGUCCAAAUUUGGAAACACUGAAAGUUGAAUACCAAACAGAAUGUUCUUCUGUGAGUGGUUCUUCAUGCUCCAUUUUCUCCAAUCUUCGAUCUCUUUCUAUCGAAAGUAUGGAAGGAGAAUAUGGUGUUAAAGAAUCAAGUUUACUUCUCUUGCUGUCGAAUUGUAAAAAUUUAACAACCCUUUGCAUUCAGUAUGCUGAAUGCCUGAAUGACAGGGUAUUGAGGGAAGUGUUGAGUAAAAAUCCUUUGUCUAAAGUUAAAGAUGCGACUAUUCUGGAUUGCAGUUUAACUGGCGAGGGUGUGAGAAACCUAGUAAAUCACUUGAAAAUGCUGGAAUUUUUUCACUUUAGUUCUUCUGCUAUUAUAAUCGAAGAAGCUGCAUCUAUUGUGCAUGAAAUUAAUCCUCACGUCAUAAUACGGUCAGAUUUUGAUUAAAAUUUUGAGAAUUAGUUGGAUAGUUGUGAAAGUAUUUUGGAAUUUCUUGCAGUUUUGUUUUCAAAAUUUAUUUUCAUAAAAUAUUUCUCAUGUAAAAAGCUUGCAUUAUAAUGUUUCUACAUUGUGUGAAAGUAUUUUGAGAACUGUAUUUGCAGAAACAGUACAUUAAAAAAAAAUUUUUUAUAUCUCUGCUAGAAAGGUUUUCAUGGAAGAAAAAAACUGCACUUAUCAUUCGUUUUAUGGUAAUUUUUUAAAUAGUUUUAUUUCAUUACUUUUUCAUCAAGAAAGUGCUGUAUUCAAUCUGAAGAAUUUUCUAAUAAUGUAUUGUUUUCAAAAAUGUUUGAAUACCUAAGAAAAUGUUAGUUAUUAAUAAUC